AUGCGUGCGAAGUUGGAGGAGGCUGCCCUGGCCGAGGCGACGUUUCACCCCACUAUCUCCCCGCGCGUCCGCGCGCUCAAGCGCAGCGGCGACAGCGCCGGCGCUGACCGCGAUUCCUCUGCGCAGCUGCGGUACCGCCUCCAGCUUCUAGAGCUGCCGGAUGAGCCGGCUCAUGCGGCGCACCGUCACACCCCUCGACUUUCACACACCUCGGAGAUGAUCAUCCGGGCGUGCCGCGGGCGCGGCGGUGCCGAGCCGCCCCCGGAAGAGCGGCUGUACCGAGACUACUUCUACCGACAGCAGGCUGUCGAAGAGGCGCGACUGGUGACGCCGUCACCGGCGGUGGUGCGGAGCAAGCGCCACAUCGAUGCGCACAUCGCAGAGCUCUAUUCGUUCGAGCAGCAGCGGCAGCGCGCCAUCGCGUCGGCUCGCGACGCACUCCUGUCAGCUUCCGCGGAGGCGCACCGUCGCGUCUACGUGGACCCGCGAGCGCUGGUGGAGCGCCUGACAAAGCCGUUCUCUCCGCCGCAGCAGCGCACCGCCGCUGCUCAGCUGGAGAAGAACCCGUGCCCCUUCCACCCUCAGACAGGCGCAAGCUCCGCGGAGCUGGCUCAUCAAGCCCGCCUGCGUGGUCUUCACCGGUGGGUGCGCUACUUCUGCGGCGCCGACAUUCUUUCGAUGCCCGUGCUGUCUACGUUUCAGGGCCGAGCCGCCCAAGAGGCGGCGACGCUGUCUGCCUUGCUACGGCGACACAGCCCUACCAAAACUGAGUGGAGUGUCGAAGAACUCGCUGACGCCUUUGCCAAUGAAGCGGGGUACAAUUCCUUUAUCGCGGAGCUGUGGCGUCGUCGUCCCCCUAUCGGUGAGGCGUCCGCUGCACUGAGCGAGCUGACACACCGUCCUUGCCUCAACCCCAAGAGUGCCAUGAUUGUGGACAAGAAGGCAGAGCACCGGUGCGGACCGACGCACGACCGCCUGUUUCUUAACGCGAGGGCGAAGCAGCUGUCCCAGAGGCAGCAGGAGCUGGAGGAGGAGCAGGCCUCCCUCGAAGACAAGCAGCGCGAACAGCAGCGGCGGCAGCGCCUGCAGGCCGCCUGGCGGGCACAGGAGGCUCAACGGCUUGAGGCGUAUCGGGCGGAGCAAGCGGAGGAGCGCCGCAAAAGUGCAGCCGCGGAGGCAUCCGCAGCAGAGGAGCGGCUACGUCCUUCUACCACCUCCUGCUCUCGCCAACUUUUUCUGCCCUCAUCGUCUCCUCAGCUUUGCAACGGUGGGCGUGCCAGCGUGUCGCCGUCUGUGUCGCCCAGGCAGCCCAGUGUUGCCACAACGGAUGCUGUUCUCACACCACGCUCUUCCAUGCCGUCGAUGGCAGCAGCUUCAUCCGCUCCGCAGCCAGAAGUCUCGCGCGUCAGGGGAGGCAACACCGGAAGCACUACGACAGCCAGAAGCAAAGGCAGCGGUGACAACGGCAGGGACUCUGGCUGCCCCUCUCCUGCUUUCCAUCCGACGACGGGUUCAGCGCAGGCUGCUCCAGCGGCACAGUGCUUGACGAGCAGUAUUUCCCGAAACGUCGAGGACUGGCCGGUGGCCGACAAGCAGGAACUAGACAGAGCUGCCGAGGCCCUUCGCGAUGCUCUCGUGGACCCGGCACGCUCCUGCAGGGCAACUCCGCAGGGAUCCACUGCCCCAUCACAGUGCUCCCUUCCGGCUGCCACAUGCUUCACCCCCUGCGACGUGAAUCGCCCACUCGACAGUCAGGGUAAGUUGCACGCACGCUCCCUCGAUGUCUUGCUCGCGUGCGCUCAGCUGCGAGAUCCCCGAGCGUUCCCUUCCGGCGAGCGGGAGAGACUGGACAGGGCCCAAAAGCGGCAACUGCGCGAGCUCGGACGCCUCCUUUACAGCCGCUACAUGUCGAGAGUACACGGCAAAAGUAGCACGUGA